UUUGCUGUUCAUGAAUUCCGUUCGGCUCUCUCUACUUUAUUCAUUUUUCUUUCACUUUGGGAAGUGAAUGAGCUUGAUAUGAGGAUCUGUCUCUUCAACCAAUUCAUCUUUUUGAGCUGAAAUCCAACUUUUCGUCUUCACCCGUUUCCCAAAACUCCAAAUUCCAAACACCCAUCUCCUCCUUGGCUCAUCGGCCGCCAUGACAAGCCAACUACAGCAUCGAGAGCCAGGCGGCAGAAUCCUCAGUCCCACACCCACAAAAAACACAAGACAAAACCAACAUCUCUCUUUGAUCCGCUUCCCUAAACUCUCUCUCAUCUAUUUCACCUCCGUUUGCUUCAUCCUCUUCCUUCUCUUCCAAAUUCAAUCCCUUCACACCACUCCUAAAUCUCCUUCGUGGUCUCUUCUGCGACAAUUCAUCAUCACCAACAACAACAACAACAACAACAACACCCUUUCCUUCAACCCCAACUGCAUAACACCCAGACAAGAUCAACUCAUCUCCUCCAUGAUCCAAAAGCUUCGUAACUCUGUCACAUUUCUUCCUCUCAAAGAUCUCCGUUUCGCCGACAAACCCCUUCAAGGCCACACGUGGUUCAUGAGCUCCGUCUACGAUACUCACGAGGAAGAAGAAGUGCAGUACCAGCAAUUCCCUUCUGAAAAUUCACAAGGCAGGCUUCUUUGUCUCAAGGGAAAAGAUACCCACGACGGGUCAUGGAACUAUUACGCCUUGGCUUGGCCCGAGGCACUUCCUCUCAAUGCUACCUUCGUGGAGGGACUGACUUUUGUGUCGUAUAACCAUUACAACUACGAUAACUUAUGGCAUGGAUUAUCAGCUAUGGUUCCAUUUGUUGCUUGGCACAGAAUGAAUCAUUGUCAUGAGUCGCCCAAAAGGUGGGUUCUUUACCACUGGGGUGAACUCAGGUUGAAAAUGGGUUCUUGGGUAAGAACUCUGAUGGGGGCCACGUUCGGUGAAGAUCCAAAGAUUGAAGGAUUUCAAGGUAUUGAUUUCAAAAAGGAGCAACCAGUUUGCUUCGAGAAGGCGGUAGUAAUGAGACACAACGAAGGAGGAAUGUCUAGACAAAGGAGAACAGAAGUUUUUGAUUUAAUCAGAUGUAAGGCACGAGAGUACUGUAACAUAACCCAAGAGCUUAUCUUAUUAUCAUCAUCAGCAUCAGCAUCUGCACCCAUGAUCGGCUUAACCUUGUUUAUGAGAACUGGAGCAAGAUCGUUCAAGAACGAGACAGAAGUUAUCAAGAUCUUCAAGAACGAGUGUGAGAAAGUUGAUGGCUGCCAAUUAACUAUAGCUUACUCCAAUAAUCUGACCGUCUGCCAACAGGUGAAAUUGAUGGGGAUGACAGACAUUCUUGUAUCUCCACACGGAGCACAAUUAACAAACAUGUUUCUAAUGGAGAAAAACAGCAGUGUGAUGGAAUUCUUCCCAAAGGGGUGGCUAAAGCUGGCCGGGGUGGGUCAGUAUGUGUUCCACUGGUUGGCUGGUUGGGCUGGGAUGAGACACGAAGGUGCAUGGCGAGACCCAGAUGGGGAAAACUGCCCUUACCCAGAUGAUGAUCGUCGUUGCAUGUCAAUUUUCAAAGAUGGCAGAAUUGGAUACAACCAAACUCUUUUUGCUCACUGGGCCAAACGUGUUCUCAAUGAGGUUAAAUUGAGAAAGUUAGAACAGGCUUCUGCUUCUACUACGAUUACCGCUCCUUGUUCUUGUGCCUAAAACUAGCUGCCCAUGUAUAUUGCGUUCUAAAAAAUUAAUAAAUUAUUUAUUUUUUUACCAA